AUGUGGCAAAAUUUCUUCACAUUUCCAGAAGGUGCUUUCACACUGUGUACCCCCAGCAAUCGCAACAGAUCAAUGAAAUGCAAAUCAACAUCUGAAGAAGGAUUUUCAUUUUUGUUUAAAGAAAACCUUGAGACUGAACGGAAUUUCACCAAAAACCGUGAAAAAUUAUCUGAAUACUGCUUCGAAUAUUUCAAUAAAAAAGUGUUUGAUGAUCAAAUUCCAAAAGAUACAGGUGUUAAAUGGAGUGACUAUCUUAGAACUACUGCAGGCAAAACAUUUUGUAGAAGAAAAGAAAAUGUGUACAGUUGUGAAAUUUUACUAUCAACUAAAGUACUUACUUCAUUUGAUCGUUUGCGAGAUACUCUGCUUCAUGAAAUGUGUCAUGCAGCUGUAUGGACGAUAAAUAAACAGCACCAGGUUUCACAUCAUGGACCUUUGUGGCAAAUCUGGGCUGCACGAUGUAAAUUAAUCCUUCCUGAAAUUGAUGUACCUCAAAGAUGUCACAAUUAUGAAAUCUCUUAUCCAUUUUUGUACAAAUGUGAAAGUUGUACAUGGAAGUGUGGAAGGUAUCAAAAAUCAAAGAAAUUAAACAAUGCACUAUGUCCUUAUUGUAAGAAAAAAAUUGUUUUAAAAAAGAACCUAGUUCAAUGA